AUGCUGCUCUUGGGCAAAUCUCUCAAUACAGCGUUACUCUUCCUGGUCCCAAUUUCGGCAAUACCAUUGCCCUCUAGAGUUCUUAACCCGGCAGCCGUACCAAACGCAAACGUGUCUUCACCCCAGUUCAACUCGACAAAUCCGGUCUCGAAUCUGGAUUCACCAGCAUACCAAGUUCUAUGCUUCGAUAUCAGAGCAAGUCUCGAUCUUACCGCAGUAGCUCAAGAUUGCACCACGGUCCUCAAUGAUGUCAUUCUUCGCCUUGAUGGACCAUUUGAGAGGCGACCUUUCUCCGAGCAAAUGUACAUGGAGUCGUAUCGCGACUGGCUCCCCGCGCGAUGGAUCUUUGGUCAAUGCAGUGUCUAUGUCAACUCUGCACCGAGCGCCUCGAUUGACCUGUUUACUCUUUUUGAGGUUGCACUGACGGCAAACAAAAUCUUGUCAGAUUGCGUGACGAGUCACAGGAAGGCCCAAGGGGGAUCAAUGCCCAUCGGGUCGCGCGUAAUGUCGUAUUAUGUUGGUUUGCAAGGAUACCUACCAGAUGUUAACGUCAACGCUGUCAAUGACGCUGACAUUUCGACCCUUCCUAAUUCGGAAGUCUCCAAGCGAACUCCGAAUGCCAACCUGGCAAAUCGCGGUCCGGCAGGACUUCAACCGCGAAUGUUGGGUUCAAACGGGGCGUUAGUAUCUCUGAAUGAGACACGAUCUCAAUCGAAUUCUACGGGAGAUCCGAAGGUACAGAUCGGCCACGAAAUCGACUGCUAUCCAAGGGGAUCUCGCCUACCUGGUGCCAAUGCAAAAGACUGCAAGUUCAUUAUCAACACAAUCAUUCUUGGCAUGAAGGAUCCGCUUCGGGCACAGACUUGGGGUUACACGGAUACUGCGGAAAUCAAUGUUUCACUGCCAGAAAACCGAUGGAUUUUCGGAAACUGCUUCAUGCGUGUUCGAAACAUAGAUGAAAAGCAGGUCGAUAGGUUCCGCCCAGUGGACGUUGCAGAAGUGGCACAGCGGAUAGUUCAGAAAUGUGUCGCCGACACUAAAGAACCAUUGGGUGGAAAUGCUGAUAUUGGUCGUUUGAAAUUUCCACUGAGUUUCUAUGUUGUUGUGUCGGGCAUACAGACGCGAAGUGGAGAAAGCCUAGGGAGCGAUACCACACUUUCUCUUCCGUCGGGUGGGCCUCGCAUCCUCGAAAGCAGAUCAUCCCCGAUUGUGCCAGAGCAUAAUUCGUUGUCAAUGACUCUUACGGAUGGGUUGAAAGCCCGCAAAAGGUAUCCAGUGCACUGCUUCGACCCCGCCUCAGUCCACCGCUUGCUGCCUGCUAUUGCCUCGGAUUGUAAUGUUAUCAUAAACGAAAUAAUCCUGAGGCUACCAAACCCGAUGAUGGAGCAGACCUUUGGCUACACAGACGCUGCGGACAUCAAUAUCAUGAAAACGGAAUAUAACAAUUGGCACUACGGGCAAUGCGUGGUUUUCAUCAAGAACAAUGAUGAAAGCACGAUUCAGGACCGGUUCCGGUUUCUUGACGUGGCUUCUACGGUCAACAGGAUCUUGGACCGAUGCUUGGACGGGUCCAAGUUUGCAAUAGGUGGAAUCGCCGAUGUUGGGACAGCUGCAGAUAAAUUCUACGUAGGUGUCAGCGGCUUCGGCUCAACACAUCUUAGAAAUGGCACAAUUCUCGAGGUGCCAUCCGGUACAGGAGUCUCGUCGCCGUCCAGUGCAAUAUCUGCAUCGCCACCGAGAAACCGGACAGUAUCAACACCUUCUUACGAAUACAGUGGCACCGAGUCCGCCAACCUGGAUAAGCGCUCGAGCAACACUACCAAGUAUCCAGAAGCCAGCGGUAGAUUCGCUCCAUUGGUGAGGUGCCUUGGGUCCGGCAUGCCCGCUGCUCAAAAGAUAAAUACACAAGAUUGCACCGAUGCCGUCAUGGUACUUCUCAGCGAUCCAAAGAUCUUGGUCCCUCAACUCUUCACAACGGAACCGACGGGCGGUAUCGAAAUGCCAUUCGUACAGCAUAGUAAAAGCUGCUAUUUGAUGAUGGAUACCAGUUUAGACCUGUCGAUCUCGGAUUACAUCACGUUACUUAAGAUGGUAUACUGGGCAUCCGAGAUUAUGCUGAGGUGCAUCUGCGGGAGAGAGCAAGGAUUUGGGGGUAUCUCCACGCUUGAUGCAGAUAAAGGAAUCUUCGUGAGUGUGACGGGUGUGGACUUGACAACUGUGAGAAAUGGGCUAGCAAGCUUGUCAGAUGAAAGUACUUCUGCCAUCAGUUUGGAGAAUAGUUCCUUGCAGAUAGUCGAUCUAGGACAGAGUUGA